CUAACAGGCGGCGCGCUGGUGUCGCGCGCGGGGUCCGCAGACUGGGAGCGUACUGUGAGUCACGGCGCAGGCGUGACGGGUGCGAUGUCGGAGGGCCUUUGACGACAUGGCGAGGGACACCGUGGACGGCAUGAUGUGGGUGCUGAUGACAUUCCUGGCGCUGGGUUUGAGAGUCGCCCUCGCCAUUGACUGUUACCAGUGUGACACUGUUCAUGACAUGGCCUGCGGCGAGCGAUUUGACACGGGGAGGGCCGAGAGGCUCGGCAACGUGCCCCGCUCCUGUUCAGCGGUGUAUGGCGCCGCGUACUGUAUCAAAGCCACAGGUAUCUUCGAAGGUCAGCUGGGCACGAAGCGGUUCUGUUCGUCGCGCAACUUCGGCGAUUACUGCGAAUGGGUCAAACGCCCUGGCGACGCGAACACGUACCAGGCGUGCGUACUUACAUGCGGCACAUCCGCCUGCAACAGUUCCGCCAGUCUCCGCGGGGCGGCGCUGCUUGUCGCCAUGACGACGGUCUUCGGUUUGGUGUGCUGGCUGCAGGUGGCGCGAUAAUAGCUAGUUAGCAGCGGUGCGUUGUGGAUAUGCCAGGCAGAAAAUCUCUGCUGAGGCAGAAUGUUCGCUGCUGGGACAAUAUGUACACUGGACGAUUAUUAUCAGUUGCUGAAUCUCAGAGAUUAAAGGCAUAUUGUGACGGACUCUCCCGACCAAAUGGAUGGCGGUCACCUGUGGUGCAUUGCAUUUCGCAAGUGUAGGCGUCAAUUCUAACCAUUCCAUGGAGCUGGGAUUCUCAUGCGCAAAUGCCAUGAUUUGAUGCUUGUUCAACCCGUCACUAUGUUGUGCUAAAACCUUUCGGUGACUUUGGAAGUGCUUGUCGAAUGCAGCUGUAACAUUUUUUAUAAGACUUUCCAGCGACAUUGCAAGAGGUCGCGCGAACGUGUUUUUAGCUUCUUGAAGCAGAGUUGGUAAACGUGAAGUUUGAGGCGUGUAUAUGAUCUGCAAUUCAAAACACUCGCAUAGGCACUGCUCACCCUACAGACGACUUCAGUAAAGCUCGCCAAGCCCAGCUACCGGUUUGUGCUUACCUUCGCCGUGGCUCGCGUAAUAAAUGAGACGUGUAUGGACGGCUGUAAGCGGACAUGUUUGCUCGUGCAGCGCAUGCCUUGCGCUGCUUCCCACUGUCGUGGAAUGCGCACGUUGUAACGCUCCGCCAUUGUAACGAUCCGUCCAAUGGAUUCUUCUGAACGUUCGUCGAUUAUUAGGAAAUGCCAGUAGAUAAUGAAAUUUUUGAAUACACAUAUUUUGUCGAGGU